AUGGCACACGCUCUGUCCCGCCGGGAAGCAAGUGAGCGGGGCUUCCACACACCCACACUGUCGGCCACUGGCUCCAGGCCGUGCCAGCAGACACAAGCUCCCAGGUUCUUCUGGACCCCUGCUUGCAGGAUGGACAAAGCAGCGACAGUAGCCCAAGGGCGGUCCUCUGAAGAAGUUCCACCUAAGGCCCCUCGACUAGCAUCCACCACAGGACACCGACACAAGACCUCCAGUCCAGCCUUCAAGCUGCUCCAAAGAACCCUGAAUCGAGUAGAGAGAAGCCCAGUUGUGCUGCCGGGCGACGGCGGGGAGACAGUCUCUCCCAGGCUGGGCUCCGGCCACCCAGAGCGGCUCCGAGGCCGCCUACAGGUGCAAUCCCGGCACUGCGUCCCGGGCGGCGGGGCGGGAGGACGAGCCCCAGGGCUCCGGCCUCUCCCCCGGCCCCGCGCCGAGCCUGCGCGGGGCCCUCGCCCCCCCAUCCCGCCGGCCUCUCCGCCUCCGCCCCGGCGCGGUUGGAAAAGGAAGCUGGGGGCCCUCCCGGGCUCCACAGACUCAGAUUUGGGCGGCGGCGGGGCGCGGCCGAGGCUUCCCCUCGCCUCUGCGGCCAACCCGGCUCCGGGAAAGUUUUCCCAAGUUCCCAGCAGCGCCGGCCCAGGUCGCCUCCGCGGGGCGAGCAGCCGGCGGCCCGCGCGCCAGCCCCGCCGCCGCCGCCAGCCGCGCGCUCCGGGCGACGCGCUUGCUCGCUCUCGGGGAGCGGGCCCGGCGCCCGGGGCGAAGCCGCAGCUGACGCAGGCGGCUCGGAAGGCGGAAGCCGCCCCGCUCCGACCGCUCCGCAGCGCCGCGGCGCCUACACCCCGACGGGUAGCCCGAGGCUCCCUGCCCCGAGCGCCCGAGGGGGCGGUCUGCGCGGAGUCCGCGCGCCCCCGAGCAACGGAGACUUUACGUCCCCCCGCGCUCCGCCCGCUCCCGCCGGGUCCGAACGCCCGCAGGUGGGGGUCUGCACCGGCCCGGCACCCGCGCCGCCCAGCGCGCCGCGGAGCCCCCGGGCCCUUCCUCGUCCCCCCCGCCCAGCGCCGGGGGCGUGGCGCGGGCGGGCACGCCCCUCAUGAAUAUGAACGGACGCAUGCGCCGGCCCCGCGCGCUGGGUAGAGGUGGCCAGCCCCGGCCGCGGCUCCCAGACCCGCUCCCUGAGUCCCUCUCCGAGAGCCGGGCGGGCGGGCACGCGUCAUUGUGCUACCUGCGGCUGGCCCGCGAGCUGGGCUCCGGCUUUUUUUUUUUUUUCUUCCUCCCCUCCCUCCCUCCUCUUCAAGCAGCUGAUCUGAAAGGGAAUAAAAGGCUGCGCA